AUGUACGAUGGGUUGCUGAAACUAGCACUGCCAGGAGGGGCGAGACUCGUGGCAUUUGCAGAGAACAUAGCUGUAGUCAUUGUGGCGAAACAUUUGGAGGAGAUCAACUUCAUAUACGACAUGACCUACGAGAAGAUCCGUCGAUGGAUGGAUACAGUUCGCCUGAAGCUGGCAGAAUACAAGACGGAGACCGUACUCAUCAACAGCAGAAAUCAGGUAGAGACGAUCACCCUGCUAGUCGGGGAUCAUGAAGUCACGUCCCAACCGUACUUGCGGUACCUGGGGGUGAUGAUGGAUAACCAACUCAAUUUUAAGCAACAAGCAGAGCACAUAGGAAUCAAGGCAUCUGGAGUCAGAAUCAUCCUAUCCCGGCUCAUGCCCAACGUAGGAGGCCCAAAGCAGAGAAGAAUAGUGCUACUGUCAUCAGUGGUCACGUCAGUCCUCACAUAUGGCAUUGCUAUCUGGGCUGACGCACAACAGAGGCAGGAAUCACGGCGGAAAGUGGCACCCGUCUACCGGCUGAGUGCCCUUAGAGUUACCAGCGCGUAUCGCACAGUGUCUGAGGAUGCGGUGUGUAUAAUCGCCGGGAGGCUGCCCAUUGAAGUGUUAACCGAAGAACGAAGAUCCCUUUACCGGCGGAAUGGAUCACUGAGCUCAGAAGAUUUGAAAACGGAGGAGAGACGUAACAGCAUUCAUCAAUGGCAGUUGCUGUGA